CUUCUUUGCCUCUCCUACCAGCUCCUGCACGGAGCAGGAGAGUAGCUCUCUCAUCAACUUCCUAGAUGGGCUCAUGCCAGAUGGCAACGGUGAUCUCAACGAUUCAUGGGUGAAUGGCACAAACUGCUGCAAAUGGGAAGGCAUCCUCUGCAGCAGCGAUGGGACAGUCACAGAUGUCUUGCUGGCCGCCAGAGGUCUUAAAGGGGGCAUCUCGCCAUCCCUCGUCAAUCUUACAGGCUUGUUGCACCUAAACCUGUCCCAUAAUUCGCUCGAAGGCAGUCUACCAAUAGAAUUAGUUUUCUCCAGAAGCAUUAUUGGCCUCGACGUCAGCUUCAACCGCCUCAAAGGUCAUCUACAAGAGAUGCAAUCCUCAAACCCCAGCCUUCCUCUCCAGGUACUGAAUAUCUCAAGCAAUUCCUUCACAGGACAGUUCCCAUUAACAACAUGGAAGGUGACGAAGAAUCUGGUUGCUCUUAAUGCAAGCAAUAACAGCUUUACAGGACAAAUACCAUCUUCUAUCUACAUCAAUGCCCCAUCAUUUGCCAUGCUUGAUCUCUCAUAUAACCAAUUCAGCGGCAAUAUUUCUCUGGGGCUUGGCAGUUGCUCUAUGCUGACAGUGCUCAAAGUUGGCCACAACAACCUUGUUGGAGCUCUCCCUGACGGACUCAUCAAUGCUACCUCACUGGAGCACAUCUCUUUAGCCAACAAUGGUUUGCAAGGAGUUCUUGGUGGUUCCCAUAUAUUCAAAUUAAGCAGUCUGACUGUCCUUGAUCUUGGAUCGGCUGGUCUCAGUGGCACGAUUCCAGCUUCUGUCGGCCAGCUAAGAAGAUUAAAGAAACUCUACUUGGAUCACAACAAUAUGUCUGGUGAACUGCCAUCGGCCCUAGGUAACUGCUCAAAUCUCGGAUACAUUACCCUCAGAAACAACAGUUUUACCAGGGAUCUUAGCAAAGUCAAUUUCACCAUGUUGGAUCUGAGGACAGCUGAUUUUUCAUUGAACAACUUCACUGGUACAAUUCCUGAAAGUAUCUACUCAUGCACCAACCUAGUUGUGUUACGCCUGGCUUUCAAUAAAUUUCAUGGCCAGUUCUCACCAAGCAUUGGAAAUCUCAGGUCCCUCUCCUUCUCAAUUACCGGCAACUCUUUUACAAAUAUCACAAAUACACUUCAGAUGCUCAAGAGAUGCAAGGAUCUCACCUCCCUGAUGAUGGGAAGCAAUUUCAAGGGUGAAACCAUACCACAUGAUGAAACAUUUGAUAGUUUUGGGAAUCUUCAGGUAUUGACCAUAGAUGAUUGCCCAUUGACCGGACAAAUACCUCUUUGGAUAUCAAAGCUUGCAAAAUUGGAGAUGCUAGAUUUAUCAUUAAAUCAACUCACUGGACAAAUACCAUCCUGGAUUGAUGAACUGGGCUUCCUGUUCUUUCUAGAUAUAUCAAGCAACAAACUUACAGGGGAUAUACCAGCUGCAUUGACAAAGAUGCCAAUGUUACUAUCAGAGAGAAAUGCUGCCAAGUUGGACACAAGGUUCCUUGAGUUGCCUGUAUUUUGGACGCCAUCACGUCAAUACCGGACGGUCGGUGCUUUUCCCAGCAAAUUGUGUCUGGACAACAAUAAUUUUACUGGUGUAAUUCCCCCUGAGAUUGGUCAGCUACAAAUGCUCGACAUCCUGAAUUUAAGCUCCAAUAGCUUAACUGGUGAAAUACCACAAGAAAUCUGCAACCUCACAAACCUGCAAAUUCUUGAUCUGUCGAACAACCAGCUCACAGGUGAAAUAGCACCAGCAGAAACUGCAUUUUAAACUUCUUUGUCAGAAUUUCGUGUGUAUGCGUGUGUUGAUCUUGGUUCUUGGCUGAUUGAUAGGUUGAUUCUGAUCAAGUGCAAGGUUGUAAAUGUUCCAUCGGAUCACCUUGUAGCAAAAUCAUGUCCCUCCCUUUCUCAUCCAAAGGCCCAUAAGCGUCAGUGCACUCAGAUUCCAAGAUACUGGCAACAUGCGUCAGUGCACUCAGAUUCCAAGAUACUGGCAACAUGCAUCUUACGACUGAGGACUCACAUUACUUUGGAAAAAAGAUUCCGAGAUCUGCUCUAUGAGGCUGAGAGGCGAUCAUGGCGGUUGGCAACUGUAGGAAAGCAUCUACCUGAUGCACAGCCAGCACAGGUUUGGCUUAACCACAUUCCUCCAACUGCAACACGAACGCCCUGCAACCCUGCAGUUCAGCUAACAUAAUAAAUCUCCCCCAACACAAAAACAAAAGGAACAUAUCAUAUGAGCUGUAAUGUUCAUCAAUCAACUUAGAUAACUGGUAGCAAGCAAGUUUCCCACAAGUCGCACAGCGGUAAAUGUUUACAGGUCCAUGUAA